UUUGAAAAAUAUUUGUAAAUAUGAGGCUCUUUCUUCAAAUUUAUUUAAUUGUAUUUUUGAUUAUGCCUUAUUUGGAGGGUGCGAAAAAGAAACCUCGUAAUGUUUAUAUUUUGGAAACCAAAUACGAUGUGAAUAAAGAGUAUGUGAAACGUCUGGAGGUCAAUAUCAGCGAUAACAAAACAUCCAUAAGCAUUUUGUUUGAAACCAAACAAGUCUUUAAUGAAUUAUGGGCCUCACUAGCGAUUUCCUCUUGGCAAAAACAGACGAACAUUUUUCGUCCCAUAAUCACCUACGAUAUAGAGUUGUGCGAUACUUUGGCCCGCAUUAAAUCUUCAAAUAUUCAUAUGUUAAAUACUUGGGUAAUGAAUUUUUUGAAGUAUGGAAAUUUGUCCAGCACAUGUCCUUUUGAGAAGAAUCUUUACUAUUUUGAAAAUUGGAAAAUCGAGAAGGAUAGCAUACCCGCUUUUGCUCCUAACGGCAAAUUUCGCACUUAUGUCAAGUUUUACAAAAAAAUGGCUGAUAAUUCCAAAGAAAUGAUUGGCAAUACAGAAAUGACCAUUGAACUAAAAUAG